CAGAAGGAGGGGCAAGUGGGGGAAGCCCAGCCCAGGUGGACGGGCCUCGGUAUGCCGACACAGCACUGCCCAACGACCACCAUUACUCUGUGGUGGAGCUCACAGACGAAGGUGCAGUGGUGACGGGGGACGUGGGGGAGGCUCAAGUGCGGGCCUUCAUUCAUUACCUGCUGCACGUGCUGCCCCGACUCAGUGGUAGCGCUCUAUAG